GGAGGGAUGGAAGAAGAAAAUCCAUAAACGUUGUUGCUUUCCUCCUCUCAAAACUCUCAUGACAACUUGAACACAAAUCUGGAUAUGAUGAAUGUUGGACAAGGACAUCCAAGAAUAGUGAAAUGAUCGUCAUCCAAUCAGCGAUUUGUCCAGAGGUGGGAAGGGAAGUGCAUACAUCUCUAUGAUCUAUUGGCCUCACAAUCGUCUGACAAAAUCCAUAUUUGACGAUAAUAAAUAGCAAGAUCGCAAGAUUUCUCGUGAAAGCUCACAAGCCAAGACAGCUACCACCACCUCCACCUCACAGGCCUUUCAUGCAUUCUCCAGCUCUUCUGAUAUAAUCUUACUAGGAACUUUGGUUUAACCAGAAUCUUGGAUUUUCCCAUAAUUCUGCAUGAUCUGGUGCUGACGCUGUUGUUCACAUUAGAUCUUCUGUUUAGCUUCCAAGUGAGUAAACUGCCAUGGAUUCUUGUGCAACAUUGAAACCCACAGCCCAUUUGGGAAAUCUGAGCAAAGGUGGUUUUGGUAAUGGAGAAAAGGGAAUUUGGGGAGAGAAGAUUAGAGGAAGUCUGAGUAGUUGUGGUUGGGCUAAUCAACUGGGGAGAAGUUUGAGCCUUGAGAAUAAGGGGAGGAAAAUCAAACCUGGGGUUGCUUAUUCUGUUCUCACCAGAGAGAACAACAAAGAAACAGUGACAGUACAAACACCAAUACCAGAGAGGCGAAGGGCGAAUCCGAAAAAUGUGGCUGCAAUCAUUCUUGGAGGAGGUGCGGGCAAGCACCUUUUCCCACUUACAAACAGAGCUGCAACUCCAGCUGUUCCAGUGGGAGGUUGCUAUAGGCUGAUUGACAUCCCGAUGAGCAACUGUAUCAACAGUGGCAUUAACAAGAUCUUUGUGCUGACCCAGUUCAAUUCUGCUUCUCUGAAUCGGCACAUCUCUCGCACUUACACUGGAAAUGGCAUCAGCUUUGGUGAUGGGUUUGUCGAGGUUUUGGCUGCGACUCAAACGGCAGGAGAAACAGGUAACCGAUGGUUCCAGGGGACAGCUGAUGCUGUUAGGCAAUUUAUAUGGUUAUUUGAGGAUGCCAAGGCAAAAGAUAUUGAUAACGUAUUGAUUCUAUCAGGGGAUCAUCUUUACAGGAUGGACUACAUGGACUUUGUACAGAACCACAUCGAUCGAAAUGCUGACCUCACACUUUCAUGUGCACCAGUUGACGACAGCCGAGCGUCGUCUUUUGGACUGGUGAAGAUCGACAGCAGAGGUCGGAUAACCCAAUUCUCCGAAAAACCUAGGGGCUCUGAUAAGAAAGCAAUGCAAGUAGAUACUUCUAUCAUAGGACUGUCUCCACAGGAAGCCUUAAGGUCCCCAUACAUUGCUUCUAUGGGAGUGUAUGCAUUUAAGACAAAUGUAUUGUUGAAGCUUCUAAGGUGGAGUUACCCUACGGCAAAUGACUUUGGAUCUGAAAUCAUCCCGGCUGCAGUCAAGGAACAAAAUGUACAGGCAUAUAUAUUCAGAGACUACUGGGAGGACAUUGGAACAAUAAAAUCAUUCUAUGAUGCUAAUUUAGCUCUCACAGACGAGUUUCCGAAGUUUGAAUUUUACGAUCCCAAGACUCCAUUUUACACAUCUCCUCGUUUCCUGCCACCCACUAAAAUCGAUAACUGCAAGAUAAAAGAUGCAAUAAUAUCACAUGGGUGCUUUCUGCGAGAAUGCAUUGUUGAACAUUCGAUAGUCGGUGAACGCUCUCGACUAGACUCUGGUGUCGAACUGAAGGAUUCUUUGAUGAUGGGGGCCGACUACUACCAAACAGAAUCGGAGAUUGCCUCACUACUGGCACAAGGGAAAGUCCCUAUGGGAAUCGGAAGAAACACGAAAAUCAGGAACUGUAUUAUUGACAAGAAUGCAAGAAUUGGGAAAGAUGUGAUAAUCAAGAAUAAAGAUGGUGUUCAAGAAGCCGAUAGACCAGAGGAAGGCUUCUACAUUCGUUCAGGGAUCACCAUCAUUGUUGAGAAGGCAACAAUCAGUGAUGGAACAGUCAUAUGAAUUGUUUCAUUACUUGGCUACCAUCUCCGGAGUCAUUUGAGGUUAUACAACAGCCAAACUUGAGCCGUUAUCAACUGAGGCAUCCGGUGACCAACUGAUAAACCAUCUUGGGGAAAUUCCUGAAGGCAAGCUUGCUUUGGCGUAUGUGGAAAGACAGUUGAAAGUCCUGGAAUAAAUCUGAGGGUGCAGUUUACAAGUGCUUUUUCUGUUUCAAGUUAAAGAAAGCAUGUAUGUGAAAUAAAAAUAUGUAGUAGUUCUAUAGUAAUAAUCGAAAUUGCUGAUUUAAGGCUUGUAUAGACGUUUUGAUUUCAUGAUAGUGUCUACAGCCUAUUUACUA